UACAUCAGGGUUUAAUUUCUCCAAAGAUGCUUUGAAAGGUUGUCUUUGAAAGAUACAGUCUGAUGGGGGAAGUGAUAACAUCGUCAAAUGUGGUAAAAGCCCCACCAAGAGCAUUCUACAUUCCGAAUUUCAUUUCAGAAGAGGAGGAGAAGUUUCUCUUGGAUCAGGUAAAUGGUGCUCCUAAGCCAAAAUGGACCAAGCUGUCGGGAAGGAGGCUUCAAAACUGGGGUGGUCUUCCUCACCCAAAGGGAAUGGUGCUGGAAAAACUGCCAAGGUGGCUGGAAAAAUAUACAACUCAAGUUGGAUCCUUGCCAGUUUUUAACACUGUCACUCCGAAUCAUGUCCUUGUGAAUGAGUAUGAACCUGGUCAAGGAAUUAUGCCUCACGAAGAUGGUCCGUUGUUCUAUCCAGUGGUCUCAACAAUAAAUCUUGGAUCCCACACCUUUUUGGAUUUUUACCAUCCUUUGAAAAAGGCUUCAGAGAAAACAGAGGAGAAUGCUUCAGCAUCAAUGCUGAAUGAACGCUACUUUAUGUCACUUUUAUUGGAGCCCAGAAGCUUAUUCCUACUGACAGGAGACCUCUAUCACAAUUACUUACAUGGUAUUGCAGAGAGAACUUAUGAUGUUGUCACAGAUAAGGUGGCUAAUCUGGAUGCUUGUAAUAAUGCUACCCUUGGAGACAUUUUACAACGAAAUACAAGAAUUUCACUUACCAUAAGAAAUGUGCCAAAGAUUCUUAAAUUCAAGAUUAAUCUGGGGAGAUGACAAAAACUAUUUAUGAGUGACUGUUAUUAGAUUCCACAGUUCCUCAUGACUACUUGUGUAUACAUCUCCAAGUGGAUUACUCCUUGUUGGGAUUUUUUCAACUCCCUGUUCAGCUGAUUUUCAAAGAGACAAUAAGCAAC